AUGGCGGCGCCGGGCGCUGCUCCUGAGGCGGCGGCCGCUUCUUCCUCCUUCCUGGGCUUCAGCGUCAGUUCGCGGGACCCCAGCCGGCUCCCCUCGCGGCGGGUGGGCGGCCGGGGCGCCCGGAACCGCAAGAAGGGCUGGAAGCGCUGGCGGGGCCCCGAGGCCGAGCUGGGCCGGGAGCUCGGGGACUGGCUGGAAGAGCGGGCCUCGGAGCUGCGGCACUUGGGAGGACCGGUGUCGGAAAAGCCAAACGAAAGCCUCUUCUUCGUAGAUACCAGCACCAAACAGCAAGGUCAGAAAGAGAAACCAGCCAAAGAGAAGCCUCUGAAGAUUGACUUGAUCCUACAGCCAGAUUCCAAGGUCCCUCCACCCAAAAACAUCCUUUCGUAUCAGGUCCCCAAUGGCCGGAAGUUGAAACGGAAGCAGCGACUCUGGGAGAAGCUGUCAGAAAAGGGGGUGGUGCCCCGAAAAGAACGGCUCCUUCAGCAGAGGUUACAAAACCCACCAAAAGCCAAAAUAGUUGGAGCAGACAGUGGGACCGAUCCCUCUCGGGAGUUCUACGACAUUUGGGCAGAUUCAAACCCGUUUGAUCAAGCUCUAGCUGGGCAGGACGCCUUUUUCCUGGAGCAGACCAAGAAGCAGCCUGUGCAGCGUCCGGACAGGCUGAAGAAGACCCCAUCCGAGCUGCCAGCCAUGGAGAUCAUCUCCCCGGGUGGAUCUUACAAUCCCAGCUUCCAGUCUCACCAGGCAUUGCUCCUCCAGGCCUUCGAAGCGGAGCUGGUGAGGCAGAAGGCAGCAGAGAGGCUGCAGCGCCAGUUGAAUUUCCCCACCGCCGCGGAGGCCCCCACCCAGGAGUCGGUGUUUCAGGAGCAAUGCGAGGGCCUCAUGGAAGAGGAAUCGGAGGGCGAGGAAGGGCAGGACAGGCCCCAGAAGGAGGAGGACCCGCAGGCAGCCCCCCACCAGGCAGUCUCCCCAGAAGGCAGCAUCCUGAAGGACCGCUUCAAGAGCUUGCAGAAACGCAACAUUAUCGAACCCCGGGAACGGGCCAAGUUCAAAAGGAAAUACCGGCUAAAAUACGUUGAAAAGCGAGCUUUCCGAGAGAUCGUGUAAGUAGCGGCC